GUCCACUUCCACUCCUUUGCACUCUCGGGAACACAACAGCAGCAGACAAGAUGCGCGGCUCCAUCCUGUGCUUUCUGGCAUCUGCCACAGUCGCAGCGGGCGUAGUACUUACCAACCCGCGCGGCAACGUGACUUUCGAAGGCAUUGAGCGCAAUGGUAUUGAGAUCUUCCUGGGCAUCCCGUAUGCUAAAGACACCGGUGGCGAGAACCGAUUCAAGCCUCCUGUCCCUUACGAAUACACUCCCGGUUCCAUCAUCGACGCCACCCAACACGGUCCUGCGUGUCCACAGGCACUGGGCCAGCUUUACGCCCCUCUUGGACUCGACAAUAUCACCGAGAUCUCAGAGGCCUGUUUGAACGUCAACGUCGCCCGUCCUAAGCCGGCGGAUAGAGAAGGCAAGGGGCCACUUCCGGUACUCGUCUGGAUUCAUGGAGGAUCUUUCUGGUGGGCCAGUAACAAUGAACCGACAACUGCCCCUGAUGGUAUGAUCAAGCAGUCAGUGGAGAACGGAGAUCCCAUCAUCCAUGUUGCCUUGAACUACCGUCUUGGAUUGUUCGGCUUCGCAACCUCGGAAUCGCUGAAAGAGGAGGGCAGUAUGAACGCCGGCCUUCGCGAUCAGCGCGCCGCUAUUGAAUGGGUUCGCGAUAACAUUGCUUUUUUUGGUGGGGAUCCGACGAGAAUUACCAUCGCGGGUCAAUCUUCCGGCGGUCUGGCAAUUGGAAUGCAGAUCCUAGCUUAUGGAGGAGAAAAGCCACUGCCAUUCCAGCGGGGUAUUGCUGAGUCACAAUCAUUGGAGCCUGGUAUCACUGGUACUUUUGCCAAGGAGGCUAUGAAAGCUGUGAUCGAUUAUGUUGGAUGCAACAAGACCGACGUGGACCAUCCGGACACGAUCGAGUGCCUGCGUGGACUUGACACCAACACUCUCUUUGAGGCCUCAAACGCCACAUACAUUGCCGACAUUGCUCAUAACAUUGGUGAUGUCUGGCUACCACAGGUUGAUGGCGACUUCCUACCAGAUGCACCCAGCAAGCUCAUUGCGGAAGGCCGUUUCGGAAAUGCAACCUUCAUGUCCGGAUGGAUGCAAGGAGACCUCGACAUCUAUACCAACCGUUCCAUUUCGACCGCCAAGGACACAUACGACUUCAUCCGCGGCUAUCUACCAGCCAUGGCAGAAACCACGAUUCUGCAGCUACUGAACAUGUACCCUGUAGAGGAGUUUGGUUCCACUGUGAAUCUGACGCAAGAGUUCUAUCGCUCUUCCCGCAUCUUCCGCGACAUCUUGAUGGUGUGCCCGUCUCUACACCUCGGAGGUGCCAUCAACAACAUGUUCGAAGCCCCAGUCUACUUCUACAACUGGAACCAGACCAUUCUCGACCCGAUCCUCGAAUAUCUCUUGAAGGUCCAAGGUCUUGGAGUAGUGCAUACCUCUGAGUUUGCAUACAUCUUCGAUAGCAUGCACGUAUACAACAACUCAGGCUUGCCAUACAACCCAACGGCGUCUGAUCGUGAUCUUGCCAUCCGGUCGAGUCGCUCAUGGACAACAUUUGUUAGCAAGGGUGCUCCGACUAUGAGCGAAAAAAUUGCGAUGACAUUGCCGAGUUGGGAUGAGGCGUUUAGUCGACCUGGGGGACCUCAUGUGAUGACCAUUGGUGGAUCCGAUCCUGGCAACAACGCUCUGGGCAAGGUAAAUGCGACCCAGGUAAUGGCGGAGCAGAAAUUGAAGGAGCGAUGCGGAUUCUUCAAUAGCCCGGAGGUUAUUGCCGCACUCCAAUACUAGAACUUGUGUUCAGUCAUCGGAUAUGAAGAAGUACAUGUAGACGGUUGGCCUUUGUGGCUAAUAGCGAUUUAAUGAAUCAAAGUGGAUUACACGAUCUCAAUGAAAUCAAUUUCCAUCUUG